AUGUUGAUAUUGUAUUUUCACAUGACCAACUAGUCCUAGGCUUAAUGUUAUUUCUGCAAAAAUAUAAAGAUUUUCAGAGCUUAGCAUCAAUUUGUCCUUAGAUAAUUGAUAACCUCUUAUCGUCUGAUUGAUUAGAUCUGACAUUUGGUCAUGGACGUUGUUCUGAACGCGUGUGACGAGCAUUUCCUAACUCCUUACGUCUAUCCAGAUUGGUGGAAAGAAGACAAUAUAUGGAGACAAUUCAUAAGCUUGAAUUUUAUUGUCGACAUUGGAGGAGCUUUGCUCUACCUGUCCAUGGCGACGUUCAGUUAUUUUGUCAUAUUCGAUAAAAAGUAUUUAAAUCAUCCUCACAUCUUAAAGAAUCAAAUACGAAGAGAAAUAACUUAUGCUCUCUCUUCAAUUCCUGGAAUGGGUAUACCAACUUGCCUAUGUUUUCUAUUAGAAGUCAGAGGUUAUUCAAAGUUGUACGAUAGUGUUGACGAAUCUAAAUACGGUUGGAGUCUUAUUGCUUGCUCUGCGAUUGCUUUCUUGUUGUUUACCGAUUGUUUAAUCUAUUGGAUUCAUCGCGGUUUACACCAUCGUCUAGUCUAUAAACAUCUUCAUAAACCCCAUCACUGGUGGAAGGUACCAACUCCAUUUGCCUCUCACGCUUUCCAUCCCAUUGAUGGUUUUCUUCAAUCUUCACCGUAUCAUAUCUAUGUUUUCCUUUUUCCAAUGCACAAGUAUUUAUAUAUGAUACUUUAUGUUUUGGUAAAUGUAUGGACUGUCUCCAUUCACGACGGUCAUUUCCGGGUACCCAGCAGCUUAAAACCAAUAAUUAACGGAGCGGCCCAUCACCUGGACCACCAUCUAUUUUACAAUUACAACUACGGUCAAUAUACAACUUUUUGGGAUCGAUUAGGCGGGUCUUUUAGAGAGCCAAGUGGUUUUAAGAUUGAUUAUACGUCUGAAAAAGUGCAAAGAGCGGCGGCAACAACCAAGAACAAUGGUAAAGAUGAUUAA